AUGGCAGCUUCUCCAAGUCUCUCUCUUCCAGGCAACCAGCGGCUGCCCCCGCAGCCAAACCCUGGUCCAACCAGCUCUCCCUUUUUCAACAACCCGGACGGCCAGGAGGCUACGAGAACCUCUCCCUCAACUACCGGUUCCGCAGCGCAGGCAUUUCCCCCGGACAGCGGCCUGCGCGCCAUCCAGCAAUCGGCAUCCAAGUUGAGUGUUGAUGCCGCAACGGGAGCUUUAUCUCUCGGCAUUCCGCUGGUCAUCCCUUCCGGCCGGGAUGGCUUCUCACCGGGCUUGGAACUGGUAUACGAUUCGAACGCAGGCAAUGGACCCUUUGGCGUGGGCUGGUCACUGUCACUGCCGUCGAUCUCGCGCAAAACGUCCCGAUGCGUCCCACGCUACCGUGAUGGCGGGAGUGAUGAAGACGUGUUCCUUCUCUCAGAUGGCGCCGGAGAGCUGGUGGCUCAGGAAGGCGCCUUGACAACCGUGGAUUCGUACAAGGUCCAGCGAUACAAGCCUCGUGUCCAGACGGGAGAUUCCGCCUCGCGCAUAGAGCGGUGGACCGACACAGCUGGUAGUCACGUAUUCUGGCGCACCAUAUCCUCCACUGGCAUCACCACCAUCUACGGCAAAGCGGAUGCCGAACAAAUAUUCCAUGACAACGAAUCUGUUCCCAGUUCCCGGUGUGCGUACUCCUGGCUAGCGACUGAAACAUAUGAUCCCAAAGGCAACUGCGUCGUCUUUGAGUACAAGACCGAAGACGCCGGCAAUGUCAACCUACACAGCGCCUGCGAGCGGCACAGAACGGCCGCCGCGCGAUCCGCUGACCGAUACCUCAAGCGCGUACGUUGGGGAAACCGCCGGCCAAACCGCGAUCUGGAUACGUGGGAGGUUUUGAAAGGGGAUUCCGCGCUGAGCGCCGCUGAAUUUUACUACGAAGUGGUCUUUGACUACGGUGAUCACCAUCCAGACAUGCCUGGCGUCGUUGAGGCAAACACCUGGCCUGUCCGCGCUGACCCCUUUUCCACUUAUGUACAGGGGUUUGAGGUGCGCACGUACAGGUUGUGUCGCCGCAUCUUGGUAUUCCACCACUUCAAGGGGUUGCUCGGCAUCGAUGACUGUCUCGUCUCAUCGCUGCUGUUUCAAUACAACGAGUCGCCAGCCGGGUCAAGGCUGGUGAAAUGCACCCGACAGGGACAUGUACCACUCUCUGGUGGCGAUGGUAGUGGUUAUACGACUGAGUCGUUAGCUCCUCAGGAGUUCCACUACAGUGGGCCAAUCCUCGGGCCAGGAAUCAACGUCGAACUAUUACAACCUACUACCCUCAGCACAGCGAACCUUCCCAACAUGGUUGGAAUGCCCGGCAGAAGAAGCUAUUGGUUGGACCUGGAUAACGAGGGCAGCCCGGGGCUGUUGGCAGAGCUCGCGGGCGGAGGGUGGUCGUACCAACGGAACGAGAGCCCGCGGAAUUCACCACCUGUCAUGGCCGAGUUUGGCCCUCCUGAGUCGCUUGCCAAGAUCCCUGCCCUGCUCCAACAGGAUGGGUUCUUUGCGCAUCUCGACAGCGACGGCUGCUUGCAAUAUGUCUCCCUGGACGAGCAGGGCAGGCCGUGCGGCUAUCACGAACGGCUAUCUUCGAGCAACACAUGGGGCGAUUUUGUACCUUUCCCACACGCCUUGAGCUUCGACCCCCACGGGCUGGGGUUUUGCCAGAUCGAUCUCACCGGCUGCGGGAGGCAGGAUGUUGUGCAGCUCAUGACAGGUGAUUGCAGUGAUCGUCUGCGGUGGUACCCGUCGCUUGCCCGAGGCGGGUUUGCUUCAGGGAUAACAUGCCCCGGGGGUCCCCGCGUUCCCCUGCCCGAGACCGAACUGAUGGCCCUGCUCACGGCCGACAUGACAGGUGAUGGUCUCGUUGACGUGGUUCAAGUAAGCCGAUCUGGGAUCCAGUACUGGCCAAACUUGGGUCACGGCAGAUUUGGCGCCGUGGUGCAGAUGGACAAUGCCCCAGUGGCGGAUAGAAACGACCAGUUCACCACCGAGCGCCUGCGGCUUGUUGACAUGACUGGGUCCGGAACGGCGGAUUUUGUCUACUUCGUUCCCGGCGGCGGCGCACAUGUGUACUUCAACUUGGUGGGGAACGGGUGGAGUGAGAGAGUCAGCAUUUCCUCCGUUCCGGAUAUAAGGACAAUGCUGUAUAUCGAUGCCGUCGAUAUCUUGGGCCACGGAAUGGGUGCUUUGUGCUGGACCGCCGUGCUGCCCUCGACCGGCGCAUUGCCCACAGUGCAAUAUCUGGACCUGAUGGGAAACGAAAAGCCCGGGAUGCUGACCCGGUUCCGCAACGGGCUGGGAGCUGAGACCACAGUUGGUUACUGUCCCUCAACCAAGUUCUACAGUGUGGAUAGAGAAGCUGGCAGGUCGUGGACGACGAAGCUCCCCUUUCCCGUGCAAUGCGUUCAGACAAUGACGACGGUAGACCGAGUCGCUCAGACAACACAGAAAACAACAUAUGCCUAUCACGACGGCUUCUACAAUAGUUUCGAGAAUGAGUUCUGCGGCUUUGGUCGUGUUGACGAGUGGCACCAAGAAAACCUGGCGGCCGGUCCGGCCUUGUCGAGAUUCACGACUCCAAGGACGCAUGUGGUCACUUGGUUCCACACGGGAGCUGUUUCGUCCUUGACACCUUCGCAUACCUUUGCAAGAAGCUCGGUGCCACCGCUCGAGCCAUGCUGUCUGCCUGACAGUGUCUCCAUGUCUGCGGCCGAGCGCCGCGAGGCUUUGAGGGCUCUCAAGGGCCACGUUGUACGCACCGAGGUCUACGGCGAGGACGACGCACCUGGUUCGGGCUUGCCGUAUACUGUGACGGAAACCAGCUUUGCCAGCGCAGUGGUAUCUCCCACGGUUACAUAUGACCAGCCACACGCGUGUUUCCGCGUCGUCGAUCGGGAGUCUUUGAUCACGCACUACGAGCGUAACAUGGCGGAAGAUGCUCGCGUAGAACACCAGCUAUGUCUCGCAGUUAACGAAUUUGGCCAGUGUACCAAGAGAGCCGUUAUUCACUACGGGAGGCGCAAUCCACUAGCCGAUCUCUGUUCGGACACCCAGGCCAUGCAGCAAGGUACCAUACUCCAGUACUUCGAACAGGACCUCACAAAUCAUAUCGAUGACCCCGAUUGCUUUUUCCUGUCCCUUUUGUCCGAGUCGAGGACAUACGUCCUGCGCGGCUUUCAGGCACCAGAACCACGUUUCGGUUAUGAAAAACUCGCGGCCAGCGACGACCCAGGCUUGUCGUCUACUCUGUUCUGCAAAGUGUUGGUAGCCAAGGAGCGCGUGUACUACCGAAGCUCUGACUUAAGCCGUCGACUGCCAAAGGGUCAGAUUGAACGCUUCUCGGCUCCCGGACAGACGUACCAGCUCGCGUCAACCGCAGGGCUGCGCUCAGACAUAUUUACUGUGAAGGGUAGGGACUUGUUAACAGGUGUUACCCUGGCUGAUGGGGGUUAUGUCGACCUGGAUGGCGACGGGUGUUGGUGGAUUCCUAACAGCCUGUUGCGCUUCAUCUCACCGUUAGCGUCAGGGGCCACGACGGACGCAGCAUCAGAAUUGCGUACGGCGAGGUCUCAUUUCUACAUAUCGACGUAUACCAUUGACCGUUUCGGUAGCGUUUCGCACAGUGAACUUGACCCUACGCUGCUUUUUCGGACUCGCUUUGUUGAUGCCGUUGGUAACGAGACUUCUUAUGAGUACGACUACAUCGCGGUCGCACCCGCCGUUCAGAUUGACGAAAACGAAAACCGUACCCAGAUCGCAUACGAUGGCUUCGGCGUCCCGGUGGGCACUGCGCCAGCAGGCAAGAAGGGCGAAGGCGUCGGCGAUACUCUUGAUGGCUUUCAGCGAGUCCUCGACACAGCAAGGUUGAUGGACUUUGUCCGCAACCCUGUUCGAGCAGCGCCGAAGCUCCUAGGCUCGACAGGGACCCGCUGUGUCCACAACCGCCGGGCCUUCUAUCUCGAUUCAGGGGUACUAGUACCUGCGUUCGAGGCAGUACUCAGGCGGGAAAACUGGUAUUUGUCCGACCGCGGCAGAGACUCCAAAAUCUCCAUAUCCAUCACGUACCUAGACGGGCGCGGCAAUCCAAUCCAGACCGUUGAUCUACACAGUUUGGUGCCCAACACACUCUGGAGGGUGGGAGCGUGGAGCAUCCACGACGGCGUCGGGCGUGUCCGCCUGAGCUUCCUACCGCGCCUCGCCGACAGCCACCUAUUCUGUCCGCGCACAGAACAUGAGGGCGUUCCGCCGCCGUCCACCCGCACAUUUCACGACCCGGUCGGCCGCGCCAUAGCCGUCCUCCACCCCGACCACACGUGGGAAAAGACGGUAAUCCGAGCCUGGUCCACAACGCAGUAUGACGCGGGUGACACGGUACUGGUGCAGAACCCCGCCGAGGACGGCGACGUGGGUGGUUACUUUCGCCACGGUGCGGACAGUUCGAGCUAUCUGCCCUCGUGGUAUGCACAGCACAAAGGAGGUAGCGCAUCGGAACAGGCAGCGGCCAUCAAGUCGGAAAUUUAUCACGACACGCCAGACGUGAGUCAUCUUGACCCGGCGGGCAGGGCUGUGGCCUGGGUCGCGGCCGCGGACUCGGCUGUCCAGCAGACGUCCCGGGCUCAUAUGGAUGCUGCCGCCAAUGUGGGCGGCAUAUACUGGAGUCUGCCCGACGCCUCGGGCUACGAAUGGCUGCGUUGGACCCAACAUGGCGCCGGGUUGCGCUCACGGGUAACGCGAGACAAACAGAGGAGGUUCGUUGGCUCUUGGCUGCAGGAUUCACCGGAUGCACUGGAGAAGCUGAUCGUCCGUAAGGAGUACGGCGAGGGACAGCCGGACGAUGUCGCGAGGAACCUACGCGGGAAACAGUACAGGACAUGUGAUCAGGCUGGCACUUACACCCAUGCGCUCUACGACUUUCAGGGCAACUGUGUUCGCCGGGAGACAAAGUUUGCCACCGUGUACAGUGCGCUGCUAGACUGGUCUACAGGCCAAGCAUCGCCCGGUGGCGUGGCGCCCGAGACAUACGUGGAAAAGGGCGAGUUCGACGCCUUCCGUCGUGAAUAUCGAUCGAUCGCCAGCGAUGGGACCAUAUGGGAACGAACAUAUACUCACUCGGGUGGUCUUUCGUCACUUCGCCUAGAUGAGCCUAGCGGUUCAAGUUCAGGUUGGACAUCCUAUAUCAGCGACAUCCGCUACACUGCCGGCAUGCAGCCUGAGUACGUUGCUUACGGCAACGGCGUAGAGAGCAAAUUCAUUUACAGCAUGACGACACUUAGACCAAAACGUUCAAAGAUGUGGAGAUCCAAGACGGCGCUGCGAGAUAUCUCGUACUCGCACGACUGCCUCGGACGCGUAUGCUAUACCAAGGAUAUGGCGCAGCAGGACGUGUACUUCCGUAAUGCUGUGAUCCGGCCGGAGAACGACUAUACGUAUGACGCCCGCGGGCAGCUCGUGACGGCGAGGGGCCGUGAGCAGUUCGAUCCAGCCACGGAAAAACUGGACCCGUACAGCGCCAAGUAUACCAAGACGUCCCACGGGAUCCCGGGUGACGGCAGUCAGGUCUGCGCAUACAUUGAGACUACGGCGUAUGACGUAGCUGGGAACAUCACCAGCGUCAAGCACGAAUCCGCUGACAGUCGCGUCUCUGGCUGGACGAGGGCGUAUCGAUAUGAGGAUGCCAGCUGUCUUGACGGCUCCGGCGCGACCAGCAACCGGCUGACCAGCACAUCGGUGGGCAAGGUGGAGGAGCGUUACAAGUACAACGAAGCUGGAUGUGCCGUGCGGGUGCCGGGCGUGGGCCAUCUCUCGUGGGACUUUGCCAACAGACUGCGGUCGAGCGUAUCCCUUAGCGGCACCCCCAAGAGUGAAGUGGCGCCUGAGACGAAAACAUGGUACGUCUACAACGCAGCCGGGGCGCGCGUACGGGUUGUCACGGAACGGACGGCGGGGAACGGGACGAGCCCUCCCCGGAAGAUCAAAGAAACAUUUUCCCUCGCCACAUACGAGCUCAGCCGGCGGUACUCUGGAAGCGGCCAGCAGACGACGGGCGAGGUGGCCACCACACGCGCCGUUGGGGAUGAUCCCGCCACACCGGUAGCUCUUAUCGAAGCCACCUCAUGGAAGGCCACGGACACACGCCUCGUCCGCUUCCUGCUCGACGAGGGCCUCGAGGUCGACGACGAGGGCCGCAUCAUCUCGUUUGAAGAGUACUCGCCCUACGGCGCGACAACGUACCGCGCGGUGUCCAGCCGCGUGGAAGCCCCGGCCAAGUACCGGUACGCGCACUACUGCCGAGACGAGACGGGGCUUUACCACUGCGGCAUGCGCUACUACGCCGCCUGGCUCGGCCGCUGGACGUCGCCCGACCCGAUGGGCACGCUGGACGGCCUCAACUUGUACUCGUACGUAGGCAACGACCCGGUUGGUCGGUCCGAUCCGAGCGGCGGGCAGGGGAAAAAUAAACAUAAAACAAGGAAGGCGGUUCCGGCAGAGGGAGGGACAAAGGAGCCUUUGGGCUCGCUUGGCA